UGCUCGAACGAGAUUUGUACCAUAGAGUGCCAUGUGCGCUCUACGUCCUUGCCACGUUUCUUUCUUAGGCUGCAUUCCAUUGAUCCCACUCCCACUUCCCAGAAUUAAUAACCAGCACUUGGCUACCCCUAAAGUUACGGCCUAUUCGUGGGGAUAGCACUGCCCGUAUUUCUGAAGAAAGUUACAGGUUGCGUAGCCAAUGCCUGGAAGUCUUCGGAGUGCACGUAGUAGCGGAGGCAUGACUGAUGAGGUUCGCUGUAGACUGGAGAGAUCAGCAUUGACAUCAUACCGAGGCCUGAAUUCAGUCGAUAGCGUAUUAAGUGAUACUGAAUGAUGGCUGCCUACCGUGUCCAUUUGGCUGUUAUGGCGAAAAUGUCCAGCCAUGGCGGGAAUGCAAGGGCCGUAGCCGUGCCUCCGGACAAGCAUCGUGUGGCUAUGCCCGUUUCGUCGUCUUCCCUCUCCAGCUUGAAAAGCCAGCUCGUGCUCAUGCGUCAUGGUGAAAGCAUGUGGAACGAUUUGAAGCUUUUCACUGGGGAUGUAGACAUUCCACUGACGGAGAAGGGAGUGACGGAGGCAUUGUCAGGCGGGAGAGUUGUAAGCGAGAUCGACUUUGACAUCAUUUUCACGAGUCGGCUUGUUCGUGCCAAGCAAACUGCCCUCAUUGCAAUGACGCAGAGUAGGUUCAAACGCGUACCGGUGUUGGUGAGGGGAGGAUUUUAUGGGAAAGGCAAGACUGGGGAUGAGAAUCGUAUUCGUCUGCGUGACGCAGCUGCCAAGGCACUUGAAACAGCCUCAUGUUGGAUGGUGCCGGUUUACGCGGACCCUGCUCUUAAUGAACGCUGCUACGGGGAUCUGCAGGGUUUGAAUAAAACGGCAGCUAUUGCGGAGUUUGGGGAGGAAACUGUUACAAAAUGGCGACGGAGCUAUGACACGCGGCCUCCCAAUGGGGAGAGCUUACAAGAUACGUACACAAGGUCAGUCGCCUUUUUUCAGGCAACCAUUGAGCCGCGGCUGAAGGAAGGUCGCAAUGUGUUCCUUGUGGCGCAUGGGAAUGUGCUGCGGUGUCUCAUCUCUCAUAUUGCAGGCUACUCGGACCUGGAAAUGCUUCAGCUGCAGAUCUCAACCGCCUCGCCAUAUGCAUAUGUGUAUAAUGGAAAUGAGUUUGCGGAAUGUUGCAUUCUUCCUCCCAAGCAUGACCCGGACCAUCCCGUAGGGAUUAUGUCUCUGGGCGUUUCAUGUGUUAAAAAGGGCGAGCUGGAUUCGCUAAUUUGAUUUUGGUCCCUUGCAUCCUCUUCUCUGCAUCACUACAUUUUCUAUUUUUAAAUUAUUUUGCAGACUUGGAACCAUGUUUUAUCUUAUUAUCAUGUAUCAAGAGGUCCUCAUGUUGUGAGUAGUAUUGCUGGUUAGGAUUCGUCUAA